AAGAUUCAAGUAAAGUCAUAACUGGUUCUGGUUGUUGUUUGAUGAGGGAGAAUAGAGAUGGAGUCAAAUUAAAGAGGAAAAAGCUCAGCUCAUGGCUGUGAGUUAACAUCAUCUGUACUUACACUGACGCGUCCAAGCAUUCACACCCAUCCUGUAACGUUUACCCUGCGAAGACCCAUUGCUGAUUUGCUGUACUCGUCUUCUUCCCAGGCCCCACCGCCCACCUUCUCUCAAAUACCUCACCGCCUCUUCACUUUCAUCCCUUCCGUUUUCCGGCGACUCUGUAAAAACCCCACCUUAACUUCGACCCAAAGGCCAAAGCUCUCUCCUUUCUUCCUUUUUCUUUUCCGUUUCUUUGGUAUGAGGUCUGCAAUGGCGGCGGGGACGACCGUCUGGUCAGGUCAGCGGUCGCAUCGCUUCGAUCGGAUUUAGCAGCGGAGGAGAGAGCAAUAGCAAUAGCAAUAGGCAAUAGUUUCGUUGCAAAUUUGCAAUUCCCUCCCCCCCUUUCCAAAAAGUUUUAAUCUUUUUUGGAUUUUAGUUGAUUGGAUUCCUGGAAUAAUCAUGGGGGAAGAGAAAGAAGCUAUAGCGAGGGAGCUUAUUGAGUUGGCGAACGAAAUAUCGGCCAUUUCUGACUUCAAGUCCAUGGUGAAGAAGCAGUACUGCAACCUUGCUAGGCGGCUGAAGCUCUUGACUCCAAUGUUUGAAGAGAUUCGCGAUAGCAAAGAGCCCCUCCCUGAAGCCUCCUUGAAAGCCCUGCUCUCUUUGAAGGCUGCUCUCGAAUCGGCUAAGGAUUUGCUCAAAUUUGGCGGGGAAGGCAGCAAGAUUUUCCUGGUGUUAGAAAGGGAUCAAAUUACAAAUCAAUUUCAAGAAGUGACCAAUCAGUUGGAACAAGCUUUGGGUGAAAUUUCAUAUGAAAAGCUUGACAUAUCUGACGAAGUUAAAGAACAGGUUGAGCUUGUUCUUUCGCAGUUCAGAAGGGCGAAAGCGAGAGCUGAUACACCUGAUGAUGAACUUUAUGAAGAUGUGUUAUCCCUUUACAACGGUAAUAGUGAUACUGCUGUGGAUCCGGGUGUCUUAAGGAGAUUGGUUGAAAAGUUGCAACUAGCUGGAAUAAAUGACCUCACGCAAGAAUCUCUAGCUUUGCACGAGAUGGUUGCUGCUACUGGUGGGGAUCCGGAGGAGACCAUAGAAAAGAUGUCGAUGCUAUUAAGGAGGAUUAAAGAUUUUGUGCAGACUGAAAAUCCCGACAUUAUUUCCUCUGCAAAAGAAGUGUCUUCAAGUUGUGGGCAGGCGUCGUCUACAGAGGGAGAGAGCCACAAGACCCCCGUAAUACCAGACGAUUUCCGUUGUCCUAUAUCGCUGGAGCUGAUGAGAGAUCCAGUCAUUGUUGCAACAGGACAGACGUAUGAACGUUCUUGCAUCGAGAAAUGGCUGGAAGCAGGACAUACAACUUGCCCAAAGACGCAACAGCCGCUCACUAGCAAUACCCUCACUCCCAACUAUGUUUUACGAAGCCUUAUAAAUCAAUGGUGCGAGGCAAAUGGGGUUGAGCCGCCGAAACGAGCUGGUAGUUCUCAGUCCUGUCAGACGACGUCUGCUUGCUCACCUGCUGAGGGGUCCAAGAUUGAAACUCUAAUCUCUAAGCUAAGAUCUGUCCACCCCGAAGAUCAACGAACUGCUGCGGGUGAAAUCCGCCUUCUUGCUAAGCGCAAUGCGGACAAUCGUAUAGCAAUAGCUGAAGCCGGUGCCAUUCCUCUGCUGGUAAACCUUUUAUCCACGCCCGAUUCCCGCACUCAAGAACAUGCGGUUACAGCGCUACUUAACCUCUCGAUAUGCGAGGACAAUAAAGGAGCCAUCAUAGCUUCUGGGGCAGUGCCCGGGAUUGUCCAUGUGCUCAAGAAGGGAGGCAUGGAAGCUCGGGAAAACGCAGCUGCCACUCUUUUUAGCCUCUCGGUUGUGGACGAAAACAAGAUCAUAAUCGGGGGUUCUGGGGCAAUCUCUCCCCUCGUAACGCUCCUAAACGAGGGUAGCCAACGAGGAAAGAAAGACGCUGCAACUGCACUCUUCAACCUCUGCAUAUAUCAAGGCAACAAGGGCAAGGCAGUAAGGGCGGGGGUCGUGCCAACGCUAAUGCAGCUGUUAACCGAGCCACAAGGCAACAUGGUGGACGAGGCAUUAGCAAUACUGGCAAUAUUGGCUAGUCAUCCUGAAGGGAAGGUAGCCAUUGGAGGCGCAAAAGCUGUGGCAGUUCUGGUGGGCGUCAUAGCCAACGGGUCCCCAAGGAACAAAGAAAACGCAGCUGCAGUUCUGGUUCACCUCUGCUCCGGAGAACAACACGUAGUAGAAGCUCAAGAACUAGGAAUAAUGGGACCUCUGCUUGAUUUAGCCCAGAACGGCACCGAAAGAGGACGCCGAAAAGCCGCCCAGUUACUAGAGAAGAUAAACAGAUUUGCUGAGCAGCAAACCCAGGCCCAGACAGAGACUCCUGCUCAAACUGAGAACCAGUUGCAGUCACCGGCCACCGUGGACGGUUGAGAUGGAUCUUUUGUUGUUUCUGUAUUCUAGAGGAUGGAGGUGGAAGAUCACCUCAUCUUCUACAUUUACCCAUAUUUUUUUAAUCCUGUGUUGAAGGUGUAUACAUCCAUGAAAGAGUUAUUUCCAA